AUGUCAAGAAGAAGAGCAUACCCACAGCCCCAGUAUGCUGUUCAGCAGCCGUCAGCUCAACCAUCGUACGGCGGCUACGGCGUGGACCAGGCUACGCAGGGCUUCCAGAAUAUGAACAUUCAACAAAACCAGCAACAACAGGCCCAAUUCCCCGCCAAUGGCAACGGCCCAGUCUACCCAAGUCAGCAAAUACCCGGCUAUGGCUACCAGGCCGACCCAUACGCGCAGCCACAGGUGCAGCAACCCCAACAGGCUCAGUAUCAGGCUCCAGCACAGAAUCAAUACCAGAACCAGUACCAAAACAACUACGGCGUUGCCGAUCCUUACGGCCAACAGGCUCAAUCGCUGUACUAUGGUGGCGCUGCUCCCACGGUGGGCGCAGGCGCGGCGGGAACCUUGCCAUUGAAUCAGUUGUACACGACGGACUUAUCGAAAGAGUUGCCUCCUUCCAUCUCUGACUUGACGUUGCCCCCACCUCCUUUGAUCGUUCCCCCAAGCGCCACGAUUGUCCCUGGAUCUGAGACUGCUAACGCGUCGUCCGAUUACCUCCGCUCAACAUUGAACGUGAUUCCUGUGAACUCGUCUCUUUUGAAGAAGUCCAAGUUGCCCUUGGCACUUGUGGUUCGUCCUUACACAGCCUUGCAUGAGUCUGUCGAGCAGGCGCCGGUCACCCGUGAUACCAUCAUCUCGCGUUGUCGUCGUUGUAGAGGUUACAUCAAUCCGUUCGUCUCGUGGACCGAGGGCGGCAAGAGAUGGAGAUGUAACUUCUGUGGCUUGCAAAAUGAUGUUCCCGCGGCUUUCGACUACGAUGAGUUGUCUCAAAAGUCUCUUAACAGAUACGAUCGUGUUGAGUUGAACCACUCGUGUGUGGAAUUCAUCGCUCCUAAAGAGUACAUGGCCAGAGCUCCUCAGCCCGUUGUGUACACGUUCAUCAUCGAUGUUUCUGCUGAUGCCGUGGCUUCUGGUAUGACCUCAACCGUUGCCAGAACCAUAUUGGAAAGUUUGGACCGUAUCCCGAACACGCAUAAGACUGCUCGUAUCGCUAUUCUCGGUGUCGACUCCAACUUGCACUUCUUCCGCUUCCGCGAGGGAUUGGACGAGGCCCCAGAGAUGUUGAUUGUCUCUGAUCUUGACGAGCCAUUUUUGCCAUCUCCAGAAGGCUUGUUGAUUAAUUUGGAUGAGAAUAGGAAGGCUCUUGAGAAAUUGUUGAUGGAAUUCCCAUCAUAUUUCGAGGGCACCGCCAACCCUCAUUUUGCCUUGGGACCCGCCUUGAGAUCUGGUCACAGGCUAACCAGCAAUAUUGGUGGUAAGUUGGUUGUUUUCUCUGCUACAUUGCCAAAUAUUGGUGAAGGUAAAUUACUGCCUAGAGAUGAAUCACAGUCGGGUAAACCAAAGGAAGCGCAGACGUUGUUGAAUGCUGCUGACAAAUUCUACAAAGCAUUUGCGGUGGAGUGUAAUUCUGCGCAAGUCUCUAUCGACUUAUUUUUGGCUGGUAACAAGUAUCAAGAUGUGGCAUCCUUGUCAAAUUUGCCUCGCUUCACAGCUGGUCAAACUCACUUUUACCCAUCUUGGUCAUGCACAAAGGUGGAAGAUGUUACCAAGUUGUCUAAGGAAAUUAGCGAGCAUUUGUCGAUGGAAAUUGCUUUGGAGGCUGUCUUGAGAGUUAGAUGUUCCACCGGUUUCAGGAUGAGUGGUUUCUUUGGUAACUUUUUCAACAGAUCUUCAGACUUGUGCUCAUUCCCAUCCUUCCCUAGAGACCAAAGUUACGUUAUCGAGGUGUCUAUCGAAGAGACAAUCACAAAGCCUGUCGUUUAUUUCCAGGCUGCGGUUCUACAUACCACUUGCUUCGGUGAGAGGAGGGUUAGAGUCAUUAAUUUGGCUGUCCCAACCUCAAACAAGUUGGACGACAUCUACGCUUCUGCUGAUCAACUUGCCAUCACCAGCUACUUGACUCACAGGGCAAUCGAGAAAGCAUUGUCAAGCUCCUUGGGUGACGGUAGAGACUUCUUGUUUAGGUCGGUCGUUGACAUAUUGAAUGUCUACAAAAAGGAUUUGAUCCCUGGCAACAUGACUGGCUCUUCACCUUUGCAAAUCUCUACCAAUUUGCGUAUGUUGCCGCUCUUGCUCUUCGCCUUGACGAAGAAUAUGGGUUUCAGAGACGAGAGGCUUCCAGCGGAUCAUAGAGCCAUCGCAUUGAACAAUUUGGGCUCUCUCCCUCUUAAUCAUUUGAUCAAGACCAUAUACCCAACAGUUUACGCCUUGCAUAGCAUGCCAGACCCAUGUGGCUUGCCAGAAACAUACAUCGAAACCGACCCAGAGACUGGCGAGGAACGCGAGAUCAUCUCGUCCGAUAUCAUGAUGCCGGAGCCUCAGAAUGCUACCAAGACUAAUUGGGAAAACUACGGAUUAUACUUGGUGGACAACGGAAGUGAACUUUUCUUGUGGGUGUCGGGAGAUGUUGUGCCUGAUCUCGUUGGUGACUUAUUUGGAACUAAUAACUUAUACGAGGUUGAGGCUGGUAAAACAGAGUUACCAGAGUUUUCAUACGAGGAAUCCGAGUUCAACUAUAAGGUUAGACAGAUUAUCGGCAAGCUUAGAGAACAAAAGGAUUCGAUUGUUUGGAAGAGCUUGUAUGUCAUCAUUGGCAGCGGCUCUAACGAGCCAAUGGACAUGGCUCAGGAGAGACUGUUGGUGGCCUUACGUUUCUGGGUUUGGAGCAACUUGGUUGAAGACAAGUCUGCCACCUCCAAGGGCUACAGAGAAUUCCUCACUGAUCUCAAAAGCAAAAUUACUGCUUAA